UGCACUUGCUCCCAUUUCUUCUUCGUCCUCUCGUCUUGCGCUGGCUCUCCUGCCUCGAGCAGUAGUCGUGACCGUCUCGCAGAACCUCUCCUGCUUCAUUAGACUCUUAAACCUCGCAAUUCCAAAGAAGGUCCGAGCUUCGCUAGCUAUCGCGCUAGAGUCGCGAAUGGACUCUUGCUUGGUCAUGGACAGCUGGACAGUAGCGCAUGCCGCCUUCUCGUGCGAUUCGCUGGCGAAUUCGACCAGCGAAGGCCAUGUUGAAAGGCCCUACCAGGACGGCAAGCUAGAAGCACCCCUUGUAGUUUCAGGUAGAGGCGAGAGCGAGUUAGGUUAGCACGCAAGUGCCAACCGUUUCUCCGUCGCGUUUGUUCUUGCAGGUCUCGUCACGGCAUCGUGGUACGCGCCGUCCCCCGCGUCCACCUCGCCGUCCCAAACCCCGCCGUUUAAGAUCGCCCUUGUCGCCUCGUCGGACGACUCCGUUUCGUCGCUCGAUUCGUCGCUCUCCGCCUCCGGAAACUCCGCCGCCGCUGUCGCGAGAUCCGCGAAACCGCCGCCUGCUAUAGCUAACGCGCCUGCCGCCCCGCUUGCGGGUCCGCGUCCGCUGGUUCUGAACGCGUACGAUGGCGUGCUCGACCGCGAUCAAUUCGAAAGACUUGGCGAGUUGGGGCGCGGCGGGUUCGGCACGGUGGAGCGGAUGCGGCGAGUGGAGAGCGGCGAGGAGGUGGCGGUGAAGAAAGUGGCGCGCGCGCAGCUGGCGGCCGCGGCGAACGAGGCGAUGAUGGCGGCGUGGGUGAGCGCGUGCCCGAGCGUGGUGGGCGUGCGUGAGGUGCACCUGAGCGAGCAGCACGGGUACCUGCUCUCCGACGUGUGCUCUGGCGGCGACCUCCGAGGGCUCCUGGAGCGACGCAAGGCCGCAGCCAGCAACGCCACGGGGAGGAGGUGGUGGGGGAAGGGCAGCGGGGAAGGGGGGAGAGGCGGGGGACUGGCGGAGAGGGAGGCGCUGGAGGUGCUGAAGCAUGUGGGCGAAGCAGUGGCGUUCUGUCACGAGCGGGGCGUGGUGCAUCGCGACAUCAAGCCCGAUAACAUCCUCCUCGCCAGAGACCUCUUCUCGCCCACGCCGUCUGCUGCCGCCGCCGUUGCCGCUGCUCCUGCUGCUGCUGCCCGCACCUCUCCCGCUGCCCGAUCUGCGCCUCUCUCCUCCCCGCCUGCCUCCGCGCGCCUGGAAGCGGGGGCGGUGCGGCUGGCGGACUUUGGGUUGGCGCAGCUGGUGGCGGACGGGCAGCGCGGGUGCACCGCUCCUGCAGGCACGCCCGGGUACCUCGCGCCUGAGGUCCUCGCCCUCUGCCGCCCGCCCUCCGCUGGCGCCGGGGAAGCGGCGAAGCAAGGGAAAGAGGCGGCAAGGAAAGGGAAAACAACGAACACAGAAGCGGCAGGGUAUGGGUAUGCGGCGGACGUGUGGUCGUUGGGCGUGAUGCUGUACGAGAUGAUUGCGGGCGAGCGGCCGUACUCGGGUGAUGCGCCUCAGGAUGGGUCGUGGUGGGUGCGCGUGGAGGGAGCGGCGUGGGAGGGCGUGUCGGAGGAGUGCAGGGCGCUGGUGAGCGGCAUGCUGCGAGUGUGCGCGGCGGAGAGGCUCACCAUGGCGCAGUGGAUGGGCGUGGCGGAUGGGAGUGGGGAGCAGCAGAGGGACAGGCAGCAGGCAUGGCCUGGGGGCAUGGGGAGGUGGGGAGAGUGGGAUGGUACGGUGGAGCAACACUUUUUGCACCCUGCCUGUCAGGGUGUUUGGGAAUGCUGGUUUGCUCUGGUGGAUGGAGUGGCACUGCUACACGCGGCCUUGCUGCCUUGCUUCCUUGCUGACUUUCUGCUUAUCCGCUCGCCUCCCAUUUGCUCGGGUCCUUCAAGGAUUGAAGGAUUGAGGCUGGUAGUGUGGCUGCAGGGGCUGAUACUCGCAUAGAUUAGCUCUUCCAGUAGGCUCAUUUGUUUAGCUAAUCUAUAUAUUGUAACGUGUCGUUCUAUAAAAUGUGUGUUGUGGCUUGUUCCUGAAAGCUGCCAUGUGGCAGCACCCAUCCCUUCCCUCCGCUGUGCCCCUUCUUCUCUCCUCUCCCUUCCUCUUCACCCAUUUCCCAUUUCCGCCCCUCCCUCUUUGUCACUCCCCGCGUGCCCCUCGUGCCACACUUGGCAUUUAUGAUGCAUGCAUGGCAUUGCCAACCGUGCCAGUACGCAUUUCCCCCUUUCCACGUCCACGCACUCACUCUCAACCCGCCACGUCUUCCAGACAUGGCUUCCUUAGCCCCUCGCCACAUUCCCUUGCUUGCUUCCCUGUCCAGGAAAACUGUUUCCGUUCCUCCCUUACCCUUUUCCUUUCUGUUUUUUCUGUUCCCAUGCCCCCUUGUCUGGCCUUUCGCCAAGUCUUCCCACCUAGUCUGUUCCCCUUCCCCUGGACCUCUCCCCUCUUCCCUUUGAUCUCCUAUGUUUCGUCCUCCCCUCGACAUGCUAAACCAAUCCCUAGUCAGCCCCUCCCUUUCCUGAAAUUUCCCCUUUUUCUUGGUCGGUUCCGUUCCUCUGCUCAUUUCUUCUUCCCCUCUCCAAUUUGACCCUUCUCCUGAAUUUUCCCAUCCCCCCAGCCCCAGCGCAUAGGCUGAAGUGCGCAGAUCGCCUUCACUGCGGGUGCAUGGAGGCCUGGGGUGGAGCGCCCGUCCAGGUGGCAGCUCUGCUGCUUGUAUUGUAAGUACAACUGUCAUUCCGAAGAUGCCACGUCAGCAUGCCAUUGUUAGAUUGUCAUAUUUCAUUCUGAGAGCCCUGCCGGUUUUUCGUUCAGUGGGUUAUUCCUGGAUGGCACCUCUGCUCUUGCAUGCAUGCUUGAUGAGGUGGUCACACGCGUGAGUCAUGGGCAUGGGCAUGCAUCAAGCCAUGGGCAUGCAUCAAGUCAUGGGCAUGCAUCAAGUCAUGGGCACGCAUCAAGUCAUUGGCAUGCAUCAAGCCAUGGGCAUGCAUGAUGCUGCAAUGAAGGGGGAGUUGGCAGUACUGAAGCAGGUGCUGGCUGAAACCAGUGCCCGCGGACUGAAAGUGGACAAGGGAAUGUCUGUUCCUUAACCAGAGGGGAAUGAGCUAAUGGAUACAGUGAAGGGGCUGGCAGCAGCGGAGGCAGGAUUUGCUGAGUACCAAAAGCUGGUGCUGGAGGUGGAGGGAAAGUGCAGCAGCAGAUGAGGAGAUGGCAGGGCCAAGCAUGGCGCAGGGAGGAGAGCUUCCUUGCCUUAGUCAAAUUAAGCAAUUGUGAGUGUAGAGCAGGGCAUCAGAUUGGUUUUGAGGUACCCUGAUUGCUCAGGGUGCCUAUUUUUCACGAGUAAAUUACUCUGAUUCUCUGAUUUUCAGAGUUAAUUUUGUGUACCACCCUUAUGUCAACUUAUACAUAUCAUGCAUGUAGAAGUUAUAGGCUAGUAUCGGUGUGUGCUCUUAGUGAGUACAACCCAACUGCUAUAUGUUCCCUGUUUCCCCUCUAGUAA